GCAGCUCCUUCCACGAAUCCACGAGACGCGGCGGAGCAACUGCUAGUGGUGUGCAGGUCCCAAAAAAAAAAAAAAAAAACUGCUAGUGGUGUGCGCCCCCAUGGCCGGAAGCUGCCGCCGCCGCCACCGCCGCGGAAGGGCGCAUUCGUCGCAGCUAGGCGCGGAACUCUCGCCGCUGGCAGACGUCACUCUCAGAACCAGAGAAGUUACCAUUGUGGAGAGCGCCUCUAAGAACGCUGGCCACACCUCAGGAUCUACCUCCUUGACUUCAUCUGGACCUUAUGUUUGUGCAGAUCUCCUGGAUAGCCUGCUUCAUGAAAUCAUUGUUCUCAUUAACUCAUUCCAUGACUUCCUUGCUUUUACUGGCACCUGCCGCUCUUGGCGCACUGCAGUCUCUUCCUUCCCCUCUGUGUAUACCUUCAGCUUCCCACCUCUCCACCUCAAACCUGAUGGUCCUUAUGUUCGCCCACAUAGCAGAGGUUUCCAGCCCCUCCUUUUAUCUAAUUGCAAAUGGCAGCUAAGUGAUCCUUGCAAGAAAAACUUAUCCUGUUGCUGUUCAGUGCCUCAAAAUACUCCAGAUACAAUGCACUAUUUGGGCUGCUCAUAUGGGUAUCUUAUCUUCACCUAUGAGGAGGACUGCCUCCUUGUCGAUGCAUACACUGGUGCCAAGGUGAAGACCCCCAAUCUCCCAUGCGACAACGAACUUGGCUUCACUUCUGGCAUAGGCAUCCUUACGGCUCCAUUAAGCUCACCCAACUCGUGCCUCCUCCUUUUCUCGAGGGCUUCCAUGUUUGAGUGGCAGGUUGGAACAAACUCCUGGUCAGUGCAUCCUUUUGAUCUUGAUCGUGAACGCAUCCAUCAGAUUGUGUCCUUCAAAGGUCACAUCCUUGUCAUAGAUGCUCUUAUGAGACUUCACAGUGUGCAAUUAACACCUCAGUUCAGGAUGCAAGAAAUAGCAAUUAUGUGGCGCUCUCUGCAGGUUUUUCCAGUUAACCCAUGGUUGGUGGCCUGUGGUGACAUGCUUCUCAUGGUUGAGCUCUCGUAUCGCUCGGUUAGCUCUUUUGGGUUGGAUGACGCUUCUAGAAUCUUUGAGGUCUUUCGCCUAGACUUUUCAGUCGAGCCAGCUAAGUGGGUGAAGAUGGAGAAAUUGGAAAAUCAAGCUCUGUUUGUUAGCUAUGAUAAGAGGAAUCCUGCAUUUUCUUGCAUGAACCCUGAAAGGUGGGGAGGAAAGAGUAACUGCAUUUAUGUUGCCAGGUUAUUUGAUGAUCAAGAUGAAGCUUGGACUGCAGUGGAGCUUGGUGAGUUAGUGCGGAACUGCGGCACAUGCCACAACAUGAUGUAUAGUUUUACAUUCCCACCAGACUACAGUCAAAUAGGUAGCCUUUGGCUGUUUCCCAGUUUAGUUUAUGGUGCUAGCCAGUGAUCUUGUUGGUGGCAGAGUUCUGGCCAGUCUUGCACAGGCCCUGGCGAUUGCUGUUAUCCUAAUUUUAGUUUGCAAGGUCAGAACGUCUCCUGAGUCCUAAGUUGGCUCAAGAUUUUUUGUGUUCAAGUACGUUUGGUAUGUGUUGGCAUGCCUGGUAAUUUGGUGAAGAACUGAAACAUCAUAGUUGCAUUUCCAUUUGGCAUUUGAUGCCUGGCACCAGUACUGUACUGCUAAAUCUAGUCGAUUGUUUUGAUACCAUUUGCAGUUCG